AUCCAUCCAUCCAUCCAUCCAUCCAUUCAUCCAUUCUUUUUCUUUUUUCUUUUUUCAUCCAUUCAAUAUGAUCAGCCAAGUUGUUUCUCGCACUGCAGCAUUAAAUGCAGCAAAUGCAACAGCAGCGUCAACCGAUGUUUCGGUGCCCUCAGACACACCGGAAGAAAGCAGCAACAGCAGCGUACGUGCAACCGAAGAGGAAAACGACCAUUUUAUCAAGAAAACCGACGACUCUCACAUUAACAGAAGCAUGGGCGUUGGCGCCUGUGCCCUGCACCCCUGUCUGACGCGCACAGCAGUCGACGAGCCCCGCACCACGGCCAUAGAAAAGCUGCCUGAGAUCAAAGAAACUGACGCUCCGUCGCAGCAGGGGUCGGAGGGCCCGGAUACGGCGGAGAUACAGCUGGCGGAGCUUUUGGCUGAGCACUGUGUGAUGAGGCGCAAGGCCGACUUAUUGCAGGAGGGCCAUUCGCAGUCGAUGGUGCAGAUGGCGCAGGGCCGCAGCAGCCGCAGUUCGUCGUCGUCCUCGGAGAAAUCGUUCAAAGCGCCCCAGCGGCACAUGCCGCGGAUGCCAGCUGCUGGUGGCAUCACGCACUCGGAGUCGCAGUCGGUUUUGUCUACCGGCGCGCUGUUGACGCAGAGGCGCAAAGAGCUGGAGCUCGCUGGCAAGCGACAUUCCGAGGCCACAGCCAACGCUGUCCGUGGCCUUGAGCGCGGCAGCAAUAUUUCGAAGGGCACGGAUACGCCGACGGUGGAUUUGGUGCAAACAGCGGUGAGCGUGCGCGAGGUGUCCAAGCUGAUUGGUCGCACGGUUGUGCAGAUGAACAAUGUGCGGCGCAUCAUGAUUGUGACCAAGCCUAAUGACCUCAGUCUUGUUUCCCUGACACGUGACUUGGCCAUUUGGCUGAUCGAGAGUCGCGAGCGUGUGCAGCAGCCGAUGGUGGUUUAUGUCGAGGAGAGUGUCGCGAGGCAUCGCAAUUUUAACCUGACCAGGGUGCAUCAGAAGCAUCCGACGUCGGUGGACGGGCUGCAGUACUGGACGCAGCAGAUGUGCAAGCAGAGCCCGGAGAUAUUCGAUUUUGCUGUGACUUUGGGAGGCGACGGAACCGUGCUGUAUACGUCGUGGCUGUUCCAGGGCCUGGUGCCGCCUAUUAUUCCGUUCCACCUGGGAUCUCUCGGCUUCUUGACUGUCUUUGACCAUCGGCAUGCCAGGAAGGUGCUGGAUUCAGCGAUUAACUCUGGGGUUAGGAUUAAUCUGCGCAUGAGGUUCACCUGUACGGUUUACAGGUUGGCUGAGACCGUUGAUCCGGAGCGCGCCAAUGUGCUGAAUGACGCGGCGGACUGCAACCGGGUGAUCGACCAUGAGCUGGCAACACAUGGCCUGCAGAGCUACGAUGAUUACGAGAGGGAGGAGCAGUGCGAGGAGGGCGAUGUUUCGGGCGCGGCCAAGCUGGCAGCCAUCAAUGCCAUGUCUGGCGGCGCCAAGCCUGCCCGGUCGUACAGUGCACUGAAGGGCUCGGUAGGGGCGGGUGGUGCUGCGAUGGCAGCUGAUAAGCAGCAGAGGGGGCUGCAGCCGCUGGUGGCCACGAGGAGCAGCUCAGGGACGAACAUCGGCCGGUCGCAUGGACGGCGGCGCAGCUCGGUUAAUGAGGACAGUGACGCGGAGAGCUCGGCCGGCGAGAGUGCAGGGCCAUCUGGGAAGCGCACACCAUCGGUGGGGCCGUCGGCACAGCAGAGGCAGGGGAUGCGGGGCGGGUGCGCUGGCAAUUCUGCCAAGCAUGGCUGCCGUGCGGCCAGCAGCGGCGUGUCAAUAUCGGCGGCUGCUGUUGCUGCUGCUGGUGCCUCCGGUAAAAGCAGAGGGUCGCCCAAGAGCGUUCCUGAGGGAGCGACGCUUGCAAAUAAUCCAGUUCGGCGCAACUCGACACUGAACGAGUCGGAGUGGGACGAUAUGCCCAAGGCGUACCAGCGGCGGGUGCGCAAGGUGUGGAAGCGCGACAGCACGUUCCAGGUGAUGAACGAGGUUGUGGUUGACCGUGGGCCGAGCCCUUAUCUGUCGCAGAUCGAGCUGUAUGGUGAUGGCAACCACUUGACGACCGUUGAGGCUGAUGGCCUGUGCCUGGCGACGCCGACGGGGUCCACAGCGUAUUCGCUGGCGGCGGGCGGCUCGCUGGUGCACCCGGAGAUCCCAGCCAUCCUCGUCACCCCGAUUUGCCCGCAUACGCUGUCCUUCCGGCCAAUGCUGCUGCCCGACAGCAUGGUUAUCCGAGUGGUUCUGCCGCCUGACUCGCGCAACACCGCAUGGGCGUCCUUCGAUGGGCGCCAUCGGAUCGAGCUCCGCAGGGGAGACCAUAUUCAGAUUACAGCAUCAAAGUACCCGCUGCCCACCGUGUGUGCGUCGCAGUCGCAGACGCAGGAUUGGAUGUCGAGUUUGUCAAGGUGCUUGAACUGGAACGAGCGCAAGAGGCAGAAGAAGUUUGUUGUGCCGGUGGAUGGUGAGCUCGGCGAAGACGAGUCGGACGAGGGCGGGAAUAUCGGCGAUGAGGGUUCGGAUGAUGACGGAGACGAUGUGCUGGAAUUCAAGUGAACCAAAAUCUUUUUUUUUCUCCCACGUCCCGCCUCCCUUUUUUAAAAGUUGCUUUUUUACCUUCUAUU